AUUGAUUAACUUACCGUGUUAGUAAGUGAUUGACGAUUUUUAGCUAUUUCCUGUCGCGAGAAGGAAGAGUCUUUAAGAAUCCUCAACAUCUCUCUACGGUGUGAAUAAAUUAAGAAAAUCUUGACAAACAAUAAAGAUUCCUUUGUAAAUGAGAUUAAAGGUGCUGGUGCAAAAUGUGUCUGGUGCGGUGACUCGUAGCGGGCGAUGCGACGCGCGGCGAGACGCGCGCUGCGGCGGGCGAGGCGCGUAAUAUGCGCUCGCUGAACGAGUCGGCCUGUGAGGCGUUGCUCGAGGACGUGCGCUGGGACGAGCCCACCAGCCUCGUGAGCCUCGCCGUGCUCGCGCUCAUCGACGUACUCGUGAUCGCCGGUAACUGUCUCGUUAUCGCCGCUGUGCUCUGCUCGUCGAAGCUACGCAGCGUCACGAAUCUGUUUAUCGUGUCGCUAGCCGUCGCCGACUUACUGGUGGGAGUCGCUGUACUGCCGUUCUCUGCGACGCGGGAAGUAUUUGAGGUCUGGAUCUUUGGCGACGUGUGGUGCUCAGUAUGGCUAGCCGUGGACGUGUGGAUGUGCACCGCCUCUAUUCUCAAUCUCUGCGCAAUAUCCCUGGACCGAUACGUGGCUGUCACCCGUCCUGUCAGCUACCCGAGUAUCAUGAGCAGGAAGCGGGCUAAAGCAUUAAUAGCCGGUCUAUGGGUGCUCUCUUUCGUAAUUUGUUUCCCGCCACUGGUAGGAUGGAAGGAUAAAAGGGAUGAUGACGGAACCCAUAAAGAAGGCUGGGCUCCCAAUCCUCCGUGCCAGUGGACCUGCGAGUUGACCAAUGAUGCUGGGUACGUUGUCUAUUCAGCUUUGGGCUCCUUCUACAUCCCGAUGUUCGUGAUGCUAUUCUUCUAUUGGAGGAUCUACAAAGCUGCCGUUAGAACCACCAAGGCAAUUAAUCAAGGCUUUAGAACUACUAAAGCUUACUUCUCAGGUAGAGGGCUGGGCAGUCGUUUCGAUGACAACCGUCUCACGCUGCGAAUACAUCGCGGCAGAGGAUCCAAUCGUCCUCACGGCUCACCAUUGUCAACAGCCUCUAAUCACUCCACAAGCACGUCGCUGAGCGCCUCGCCAGAACGACUUAGAAGACACUCAAGCGCUCGCCGGGCCCACGAGAAAGUCAAAAUAUCCGUCUCUUAUCCGUCAACGGAACAAAUCUGUCCGGCCCACGAGAAUUCUCGGUCGCCCAGCCGAUCUCCUAGUCCUUCUCUGUACGCCGUUCAUUACGAGAGAGAUGGAAGGGAACUGACUGAGAGCAGACUUAGGGUCAGACCUACGCAUCAUUUACAUCCCGGACCGUUGUACGAUGAUUAUGACGAUAAGCCACGAACUCGACGCAUGGGGAAGAGGAAUAUCAAAGCACAGGUGAAGCGCUUCAAGAUGGAGACCAAGGCAGCAAAAACCCUGGGCAUUAUAGUCGGAGGCUUCGUGUUCUGCUGGCUGCCAUUUUUCAGCGUCUACGUGGUCCGGGCGUUCUGUGGCGAAUGCGUUACUCCCAUAGUCUUCUCCGUACUAUUCUGGCUGGGAUACUGCAACUCUGCUAUCAAUCCACUCAUUUAUGCUCUGUUCUCCAAAGAUUUUCGAAUCGCGUUCAAACGUAUUAUCUGCAAGUGCUUCUGCGGUGGGGGCGGAGCACGCCGGGAGUCCGACGAAGGCUCCGCGAGGCGUCCCAACCACAGACCAGUGCACUCGCAUUCUUUGGAGGAGCAGGAACCUAGUCAGACUACUCUAACUGCGGCAGAAAGGUGACGUCAAACCAUGCGACGGCAACACCCGCAGUUCCAAUCAACCGUCGCAUGUGUGUGAAAAAAAAAAGCUGUUAUAACGCUAGCUACAAUUACUUAGCAAAAAAAUAUAGCAACUACUUAAACUACAUGAAAAAUAAUUAACAUCAUCUUUAAUGAAUGUAUAUCUAAAGGUUUAUUGUAAAUGUUUUCUAUUAAAUAUGUUUAAAAUUGUAAGUAAUGUAUAUAAAUAGCUUUAUUAAAAAUUGAUAUUGUAUUUUAAAGUUUUUGAAAAAUGAUUUAAAAGAAAAGACUGUCAGAUUCAUGUACCUACCUAAUGUUAUUGUGUGUUUUCUUAAUUUAAACAUAUUUGGCUCGUAUACUUUAAUGUAAUAUAGGAUUGUACUAAAUUAAUGAUUAUCUGGUUGAACUCAUAAAAGCAUUGCUCUCGACAUUUAAUGUUUUGUAAUGAAUAUUGUAUAUCUUCCGUAUCCAAAACAGUUGGUUUUGUUUUGGGAUAUUGAGUUGUUUUUUGUAUUCUGUCCUUGUGUUAUAUACUUGAUUGUAAAUUGUGAGUUCUAUUUACUAUCUUCCAAUUAUUAAACUUAAAUCAAGAAUAAUAUCUGCAUAGUCUGAUAUUUGUGAAUAAAAAAUUACUAGGGAUGUAAAACAGAUGUAUUAUCUAUGUAUCUGUUGCACUUUGUUUUCUAGUCACUGUUUCCGAAGGUAUUUUAUUAAAAAGCCUCGAAAUCCUAAUUAAAACCUUGCCUCUCAACAAAUCCAGAAUUUUUUUUGUUACUUUAACAACUAUUCCUCCUCUAUGUAGUGGUACCGCAAACCAGAGAAUGAGAUUUGAAUACCUUUAUUUAUUGUAAAACAAUUUCACACACUUGAUCCUGUACUACAUGGCGAGAAACCAGUCUUGCUGCCAAGGCGAAUGGAAGCUUGACCCGCGACCGUCGUAUAUCAAAUUCAAGACUAAUUACGUUCGGGUGAUGAAGCUGUUGUUCUUUAAGACACGCACGUAUCAUAUUCAGCUUUUAUGCAACUAUAGAACCAUAUUACUUUCUCUUACAUGCUUAUAUCAACGAUCCGAAAGCUGGCAAAAAGCAUUUUCAGAAUACACACUCAAUUUUGAUACGGUCUUAUAACGCAUCUUAACAACUAUGAAUUAAUUAUAAUUGACGAUGAACCACUUUUACUUAGAAACUACGAAGCACACGGUUAGUAUAAUUAUAUCUCUGACCUUGAAAUGAUAAUGUCAGCUCACUUAGAGCCCUUUAAAGCUUAAAUGGUCGAUUGCUUUUAUUAA